AUGGCAAAGUAUUCCAUUUCAGAGCCCGUCAUUCUAAAUGCGUUUGUGUUGUAUCAGAAAUAUCUUCAUAAACACGUUCUUCGUCAGCGCUACCAAAAUGGAGUCGUUUUUGCGACCCGCCUCCCAUCCUUUUUAUAUUCACUUCAUCCACCUCCUCCUCUUUCACUUUUUCAUUACCUACUGCGGUUAAAUUUUCUUAAUAUUCUGAUUUUCUUCUUUCCUUUCUUCUUCUUCUCCUUUUCUUCUUUGCCUUUUUCGUCUUCUCUCUUUCUAAUUUUUCUUUUCUCUCUUCUCCUUUUCCUUCUCAUUCUUCUUUUUUUCUUCUUCUUCUUUUCCUUCUUCGCCUUUUUCGUCUUCUCUCUUCCUAAUUGUUUUUUUCUUUCUUGUUCUUCUUCUUCUACUACUACUACUACUACUACUACUUUUCUUUAUUCUCCCUUUCUUCUUCUUCCUUUCCUUCUUCUUGUUGUUCUUUUCCUGUUUCUCUCUUUCUUCUUGUGCUUUUUCCUUCUCUUUUUCUUCUUGUUCUUUUCCUUCUUCGUCAUCUUCUCUCCUUUUAAUUCUUCUUUCUUGUUAUUUCCUUCUCCUUCUCCUCCUCCUCCUUCUUAUUUUUCUUUUCUUCUCGCUUUCUUCUUCUCUCAUUCUUUUUCUUCUUGCUUUUUUUCUCCUCCUCUCUUCUUCUUUUUCUUUCUUAUUCUUCUAUCUUUCUUGCUUUUCUUUUCCUUCAUUUUAUUCUUUUCUUUCUCACCCUUCUCUUUUUCUUCUCGUUCUUUUCCUUAUUCCUCUUUCUUUCUAAUUAUUCUUUUCCUCUUUCUUGUUAUUUUCUUUCUUUUUUUUCUCCUCUCGCUCUCUCCUUGUUCUUUUCCUUCUUUUUCUCGUUUUCUUUUUAUUCUCCACUUUUUCUUCUUUUUCUUUUUCUUCUUCUUCGUUUCCUCCUCCUCCUCCCCCUCCUUCUCCUUCUUCUUUUCCUUCUUAAACGUUUAUCACAUAUUUCUUUCUUCUUUUUCCUCUUCUUUACUCACUCUCUUACGGAAUUACCAUCUUUCAUUCUUCUCCUUCUCUGACCUUCUUUUGCGCCAUUUUUUUUUUUUUUUUGGUUACCUCUUACCUUCAUAA